AAUGAAGCCAGAGAGUUACUUGAUGGCGACAGGUUUGGUAAAAUAACAGAUUUCUAAGAAACAAAAGUCUAACUAAUCUUGAGAAAUAAGCAGUGUAAUUUCCUUUAUUCAGCGCGUAUAGUUUGGUGGAGUGGGACAGUUGUCAAUCGACCGUUCGAUGUCGAUUGACAAUUUAUUCGAGAGAUAUUUUGUUCAUUGUUAUGUUUGUUAUUUUGGUUGUAACAUUAGCUUGCUAGGCUAGCAGCUUGCUAGCUAUAUAUCAAUAUAGUGACAAAUACAGACUGCUUUAAAGGUAGUAAAACAAUGUUUCGGGAAAAAACUUCGGACUCGAUGUACAUUUUCGGUUCAUUCAUUUGACAAUCUCGAACAGUGGGGCGCAAGCGGUGUCGUGUCUGAACUUGUUGACAUUCUUUUGUUUACAAUGGCUGUCUACAGACUUUCCAGCUGACAUGGCGUAAUAUGUUUUGGGAAGUUAAUAAGACUGAACAAGUUGAGGAAAACAAGAUGGAUGCAAAUAGAAUGGAAGACUCUUUUGAUCUUCUGAAAUGCAAUGAGGCUCUGUCCUCAUCACCUGGCUGCCCCCCUACUCCCAUGGAGUAUGAUGACCUGCCAGAGCUGCAGGAGGUAGAGGAGAACCAGUCCUCUCUGGUGCUGUUCCAUGUGGGAACUGGGGUGUCACAUCAGGACUGUAUAGCUGGUUACCCUCACACCAAUUGGCUGACUGAGCUAGCUAACAUCGCCACCAGCCCUCAGAGCCCCCUACUGCAGGAGCCUCCUCCCAUCAAGAAGUCGUCUCCUAUGCACAUCUUUGCCACCAGUCGUAGUUUACAUUCUUACGCCCGACCUCCCCUGGCUAGCAGUGCACCCAGCCCCUCUAGGGGUCACCUUAGGGAGCGCAGCAGACGUGUCAGAGCCAGCAGUGAGUCAGAGUCUGGUGUGUUCUCUAUGUCAUCCUUCUCUGAUGAUGAGGACAUGGGUUGGUCUAACUCCUGGCCUUCAACUGCCUGGCACUGUUUCCUGAAAGGCACCCGGUUGCGGUUCCACAGGGGUUCUAACAAGGAGUGGCAAGAGGCUGAGGACCUGGGAGACUCUGAUGACGAGUCAGAUGAUGAUGAGAGAAUAAUGCCGUCCACUGCCCGCAAGAGCUACGGUUCGGAAGGUCUGAAGCUAGUGGCCCACGAGGAGAACGUGUCGUACGGCCAGGCUGUCCUCAAACUCACCUUUGACCCCGGCUCGCCAGAAGAUGGCCUCUUAACGGCAGAGUGCAGAUUUGAUCACCCCUUCUUUGUGAAAAACAAAGGCUGGUCCUCGUUCUAUCCCAGCCUGACGGUGGUGCAGCACGGUAUCCCCUGCUAUGAGAUGCAGGUGGGGGACCUAUGUCUUCCUCCAGGCCACAGAGACUCCAUAAACUGUGACGACUCUGUUGUCUUCGACACCUUCAGGAGUUAUGACUUCACCCCUCUGGACUCUUCAGCUGUCUAUGUGCUGAGUAGCAUGGCCAGGCAGCGUAGGACCUCCCAGUCCAGCAGUGGCGCUGUCUCCCCUGACCCAGAGAAACUCUCCAGUUCCUUUCACCCCUCCUCCACCAGCAAAUCAAACAGGAGCAAUACCUCAGGGACAGCCCCUGGCGGGGCCACACCCACCAAAUGCAAGCGGCCAAUGAACGCCUUCAUGCUCUUCGCUAAGAAGUACCGGUUGGAGUACACACAGAUGUACCCUGGGAAGGAUAACAGAGCCAUCAGUGUAAUCCUGGGUGAUAAGUGGAAGAAGAUGAAGAACGAGGAGAGGAGGAUGUACACCAUGGAGGCCAAGGCUCUGGCUGACGAGCAGAAGAGACUCAACCCUGACUGCUGGAAACGCAAGAGAACCAACUCAGGGUCCCAGCACCAAUAGAUGGCCUGGUGAACAGACCGACCAGGUGAACAGACCGACCAGGCGACUCCUCUAGCCUCUCUAGCCUGGUCCCAGAUCUGUUUGUGCUGUAUAGCCAACUAUGGUCGUUGGACCAUAAGACAGCACAAACAGACCUGGAACCAGGCUACUCUCUCUCUCUGCUCACCUGUUAAAUUGAUGAGACAUAACUGUGAUGCUGAAUACACUUGCUUUUAUAACUAAGAGACCUUAUAGAUAGGCCUACAAGAUAAAACGACAACUAUGAACUAUAUAUUAAAAAGCAGGUAAUCUAGUUUAACUAACCGUGCUUAUAUUUUCUUACAUUUUAAAAUGACAAGAGAUGCCGUGUUAUUCCUCUAUAUAAAAAAGGAAAGGCUCAGUUUUAUUUCUUCAGGUAAUUUCAUAUUUCGAGGCAUGAAACCUUGAGAUCAGGAUUGCAAAAUUCUGGUAACUUUCCAAAGAUUCCCCAGGUUUUCCAGAAAUUCAGGUUGAAAGAUUCCCAGAAUCAGGAGGGAAUACGCAAGAAAUCCAGAAUCCUCCAACCAGGAAUUCUGGAAAACUUGAGAAUUUUGGUAGAGUUACUGGAAAUUGAGAAUCCUACUUGAGACCCAGUGGUGCUAAGUUCGGUUAAGGAAGGAGGAGCAGUGUUACAAAAGUUAUAUUUUUAAUUGUAAAAUAAAUAAGGGGGAUUUUAAAUAGCUUUGGUAACACUUUAUUUUAAGGUUCCAUAAUAAAGCAUUUAUAAGGCAUUUACAAACUGCUUGCUCAUCAUUUAUUAAUCAUGCAGGAAUGUCUACCAAUGGCAUAUCCAUCUUUUUGUGAGAAAUUACACUGGUCACUCAAAGUAUUUAUAAAAUAUUCAUAAAGUAUAAAUAGUGCUCACUUUAGGGACUACAAAAAUACUUUACUAAUUAUUAGUAAAUGGUUUAUAAAUGUGGGCGUAAUGAUUAAUAUAUGGUGACCACACAAUUUAUAAAUGCCUUAUCAAAUGGUUUAAUACGGAACCUUAAAAUUGUGUUUUUUCUCUUCUCAGCUGUAGUUCAUAUUGACUUAUAUUUGUUCAACUCAAUAUAUUGCACAGAUUGAUAAAGCCUUUCAUGCAUUGUAUCAUACAGUAUGACCAAAAGUAUGUGGACACCUGCUCGUCGAACAUCUCAUUCCAAAAUCAUGGGCAUUAAUAUCGAGUUGGUCCUCCUUUGCUGAUAUAACAGCCUCUACUCUUCUGGGAACGCUUUCCACUUGAUGUUGGAACAUUGCUGCCGGGCCAAUUUUUUUUAUUUAACCUUUAUUUAACUACGCAAGUCAGUUAAGAACAAAUUCUUAUUUACAAUGAUGGCCUACACCGGCCAAACCCAGACGAAGCUGGGCCAAUUGUGUGCCUUGCGUAGUCUCGCAUUGUCUUGUUUUGCUCUCAGUUUUUUGUUUAUUAUUAUUAUUACUCUCAGAAGGACCAACCAAAAGCGUCUGUUGGAGACACAGGUAGAGUGGCGAAGGAGCUGAUCCCCCUUAACUCCUUAUAAAGAACCACUCUCCUGGCCUCUGGUCAUUCUCAAGCAUGCUUCUCCUCGCACUCUUGUGAGCAGUGAAAUGUUGUGAUACAUCUCACUUAUAUCAGAGAACCAGGGUUACGAAAGUAACCUUAAGUUCUCUUUCAAAUACUAAUUUCAAUGUAUCACAUACUCUAUGGUGAUAUGGCCAACUCUCGUAUCGCAAACAUGCUCACUGAAGCCAGGGUAGUCCCAACAUCAGCAACCCUCAGAGGCUCCGAAGCUGAGGAAGUGCGCAUGCAAGAAGUUGCAGAAACAAGUUGUUGGGAAAACUUCAUAACAAAGUGAGGGGAAGCCCAAAACAUGGUGCGCAAAUCUCAGUUUAAUGAGAUAUGUUUCUUUCGAGGGUGGUAACCAAAUGAUUGAAAGCAUUACACCCUUGCCUGAGCCUUCGUUCAAUCCAAGUAGAUGUGCAAUGCGUGUACUGGACAACAACAGGAAUGCCCUUAUAGGCAGACAAAUAUACAUUUUCGACCUGGACCAAAGGAUGGGGUUAGGUAUAGGGUUAUCCUGAAAAACCCUGUGGCAGAAUGCGGGUGUGAACAGUGGCUGGUAGAGCACUGUCCACACACUCACUUUAGGGACGCCAAAAGCAAAAGAUGUAGGAAUAUUGCUUCUCAGCGGCUAGUAGCUGCUGUGAAAGAAUCUUAAGCACAAUAGACAUGUCCCAGGUUGAGUAACCUCAUCCCUAGGCUAUUGGCGCAAUAUAAGCCUUGGAUAUCAACGAUUCAAAGUUGGCCUUAGUGGGAGUGACCAUAGAAUUUUAUGGGAGUGACCUACUGAGUAAUGUAUUUGUCAUCAUUUAAUUUUGGAGAAUCACAUGACUGCAAAGAGUGGGGAGGGUUAAGGGGAAGGUGUUGUGGGUGACGAUUGGUUGGUAGAUUAAGCCGAUUAAGCCAAUGCCUAUGCAAUGGGAGUUUCUCCCGUUCUUUCUGUAUUGGCUAACGAAGGCCAAUAAGUUUGACGCGUUGGUCCACCAGACCUUCUCUCUGUCCAAAAAAGUCCUGCAAGGAGCAUAAGACCAUGGAACACAGUGUAGGACGAAACUAUCUGUUUAGUCAUACCACUUCUGUAAAACAGAGAGCAUGCAUAAGGAGGUUGGCCCUCUUUUUCAAGAGUCGAAGACCUGCAUUUCUUUCCUUAAAAUGUAAAAGAAAUAUUUUUUUAAUUAUGUCACCAGCUAUGCCCCGAGAGAGUAGAGAAUUGCUUUGUUUGCUAGGGUAUAAACCCUGCAUGCGCCAAUAGCUGCCAGGACUGGUUGUGAGUAAGGUAUAACUGCUGCCCAAAAGUCACUGGCCAUCGAGGGGCUCGAAGAUGAGGGGGAGGCCCUAUUCCCUUGCUCUGUGUAGACGGAAAAGGGAGGGUAGGUAACAUAGUUGAAAAAGCAUACGGCAUCCCUCUAUUUCAUUGGUUUGUCAGCUCUCCCGCCCCAAAUGGCGUGGUCACCGUUUUUGGGAUGGGGUCUCCCAUGGCCCUCACAGGGUCGUCGCUUCUAUCAGGGUGCAGCAAGUCAGUCUGGAUAGAUGUGGGAAGUGGGCUCUCUCUAGACAGAGCAGGCUGAAGGAAGAAGUAUUCAAAAUCCUGUAUUCAUUAAAAAAAAUCCUGUAUUCACUGAGAAGUAGAAAAGCAAUUGACACAAAGCAAAAACCUUUCGUUCAGUCCUCAACCUCUCAACAGGGUCUGAAGAGCUACGCUCAGCAAAAAUAUCCUACACGGUUCGCUUCAGACCAAAUAAGCAGGAAACAGGGCUCCAGUCAUGCUGAGAUCUAGAGAGCAAUUGUCCUCACAAAGAAGAUGAACGAGAAUGACCAUAGGCUUGGAGAGUGGCUCCUUAUAAGAAGAUGAGGGGCUCACCUCAUUUCCCACUGUCUCCAACAUAUGAUUUCUAUUGGCCCUUCCAAGAGUAUUGGUGAUCCUAGCGAAUCCCCAUAUGUGAUACAUCGAAAUUAGUAUUUGAAGGAGAACCCUUAUGUUAUUGUUCCAUUGCAAAACAUUUUGAAAGGUUUCCUUCCAUGCUCUAAUGAACAUAACUCAGAUACCCUGUUUCCUGAUUCACACUGUAGGGUCGAACCAAACUAUUAUGGCUUGGAUAUUUUAUUUUCACAUUGUGCUUUCUAGCAUGGUUUCAGGAACUGUGAUAGAUGUAUAACCAGGCCUCUCAGUACAGCUCGGCUAGGCUUGGCUUAGCCCUUUACUGUGAAUCAGGCAUCUAGUUGCUAAACCAGCUGGUCGUGUGCCGAUGAUGAUGUAUGUUUCUACACAUGGAUGUGUUGCACACUCAUCCAAACAGCACUUCAGGCCCAAGCCUUCACUUUUAGUGUUUUAAUUUCUUUUUGCACUUUAUAUACAGUACAUAUGUAAUCUUAUACAGUACAACCAAUUAAAUGUAUGCUAGUGGAAGCUACUGGUAACUGCCAAAAUAAAGGAAACGUGAGUAAUGAGGGAUACAAAGUAUAUCUAAAGCAGGUGCUUCCACACAUAUGUGGUUCCUGAGUUAAUUAAGCAAUUAAAACAUCAUGCUAAGGGUAAUGUAUAAAAAUGCCCAGUUGCCCAUUAUUUUGAAAUAGGUGUUUAAAGGGUAUGUGUGUGUGUGUGUGUGUGUGUGUGUGUGUGUGUGUGUGUGUGUGUGUGUGUGUGUGUGUGUGUGUGUGUGUGUGUGUGUGUGUGUGUGUGUGUGUGUGUGUGUGUGUGUGUGUGUGUGUGUGUGUGUGUAUUUAUUAUGGAUCCCUAUUAGCUACUCUUCCUGGGGUCCAGCAAAAUUAAGGCAGUUUAUACCAUUUUUAAAACAUUACAAUACAUUUACUGAUUUCACAACACACUGUGUGCCCUCAGGCCCCUACUACACCACUACCACAUAUCUACAGUACUAAAUCCAUGUGUAUGUGUAGUGCUUAUGUUAUCGUGUGUGUGUGUAUGCGCCAAUGUUUGUGUUGCAUCACAGUCCCCGCUGUUCCAUAAGGUGUUUUUUUUAUAUGUUUUUUUAAAAAUCAAAUUUUACUGCUGGCAUGAGUUACUUGAUGUGGAAAGGAGUUCCAUGUAGUCAUGACUCUAUGUAGUACUGUGUGCCUCCCAUAGUCUGUUCUGGACUUGGGGACUGUGAAGAGACCUCUUGUGGCAUGUCUUAUGGGGUAUGCAUGGGUAUCCAAGCUGUGUGACAGUAGUUUAGACAGACAGCUCGGUGCAUUCAACAUGUCAAUACCUCUCAUAAAUAAAAGUAGUGAUGAAGUCAAUCUCUCCUCCACUUUCAGCCACGAGAGAUUGACAUGCAUAUUAUUUAUAUUAGCUCUCUGUGUACAUCCAAGGGCCAACCGUGCUGCUCUGUUCUGAGCCAAUUGCACAUUUUCAAAGUAAUUUUUUGUGGCACCUGACCAUAUGACUGAACAGUAGUCAAGGUGUGACAAAACUAGGGCCUGUAGGACCUGCCUUGAUGAUAGUGUUGUUAAGAAGGCAGAGCAGCAAUUUAUUAUGGACAGACUUCUCCCCAUCUUAGCUACUGUUGUAUUAAUAUGUUUUAACCAUGACAGUUUACAAUCUAGGGUUACUCCAAGCAGUUCAGUCAUCUCAACUUGCUCAAGUUCCACAUGAUUUAGUUGAGGUUUAGGGUUUAGUGAGAGUUUUGUUCCAAAUACAAUGCUUUUAGUUGUAGAAAUAUUUAGGGCUAACUUAUUCCUUGCCACCCACUCUGAAACUAACUGCAGCUCUUUGUUGAGUGAUGAGUCAUCUGCAUACAUAGGCACUCUGGCUUUACUCAAAGUCAGUGGCAUGUCGCUAGCAGAAUUUUAAAAAAGCAAGGGUCCUAAACAGCUACCCUGGGGAAUUCCUGAUUCUAACUGGAUUAUAUUUGAGAGGCUUCCAUUAAAGAACAUCCGCUGUGUUCAGUUAGAGAAGUAACUCUUUUCCCACAUUAUAAAGCCCUAACACAUACGUUUUUCCAGCAGCAGACUAUGAUAGAUAAUGUCAAAAGCUGCACUGAAGUCUAACAAGACAGCCCCCACAAUCAUUUUAGAUCUCAAACCAAGCUUCAGGGGAGUGGUCUGAAGGUAAAUCAGUAUCGGCCUGUAAAAAAAAUAGGUUGUAAAAAGUUUGGUCCCAAAUAACAUGACGAAACAUGGGUUUAAAAUGUAUUAUUUAUUGGAGUUUUCUCCUCUCAGAUAUAGAUACCUUAUUCCUUAUGAUUUAUUUUUGGGCUGAAAUCUAGAGGCUUGAUGUUGGUGUUUCCUUUAUUUGGCAGUUACCUGUGUAUAAAAUGAUAUACGAUAUAUCUUCAAGAGAUCUAUCAGUGUUUACAUUGACACAAACAUGGCCAAACUGUAUACAGUAGGUCUAGCCUGAGUGCCAGUCUGUUUUGUGCUCUAUGGCAUGACAAUGAAUGACAAGGAGUUGGCAGUACAGCAUAAAAAGACUGGCACCCAGGCUAGUACAGGUCAUGUGAUGUUUUGCUUGCAGGUUGCCAUGGCGUUGAAUUUAUACAGCUUUGUUGUUGAUAAUGUACAGGUCCACGCCCCACCAAACUCAAAAUAUCCUUGUACUAUAUUUUAAAUAAAAGUUUAAACUUGCAAUCUUA